CCGACCGUGGCGUACAGCUUCCUCAAAGUAACAGUGCGGUGUCCGUUUGUCCUAAAGAGAGUUGGUGCAGUGGAAAGUGGUCGGUCACGUCCUGCGGGACAGUAGUAGCUGAGUAGCUCCGAAUCGUGCCGAAGAAUGCUUAAAGGAUGAAUCGUAGAGGAAACCACCUAAUAAUAACGGUGGUACAGCUGGUGGCGGUACUACUGUCGGCGACGACUACUGCAGUGCUGGCCAAUGGUUUGCCCGGUCAGGAAACGUUCCGCUGCCAUCAGCAUGGGCAAGUGUGCAAACUGUGGAACCUGUAUUUGGACACGGUAGACGAAGUAUCGGAGGUAACGAUCGACACCGGCAGCACAUCGUUCGCCGAGGUCGAGAUAUCCUUCUCCUCGCUACCAACCAUCCCCGCGUCACUUUUCACCGAUAACGAAAAUGUGGUGUCACUCAAGAUGGAAGACUGCGAUGUGGAGCUGCUCGAGAAGCACAUCUUUGAUGAUGCGAGCGAGCUAAAGUAUCUGCAGCUACCGAAGAACCACCUGACCACGCUACUGGAUGAUGGGUUCUCGCGGGCAACGAAGCUGCUCCGGCUCCAUCUCGGUAGUAACCGUAUUGUAACAGUCGAAGAUUUUGCGUUCCGUGGGCUGGACAAUCUGGAAACGCUGCGUCUAUCGCGCAACAAGAUUGCACAAUUCCCCGCGAAGCUGUUCGCCGGAUUGCGCCAGCUAACGGAGCUCAAUCUGGAUCACAAUCACGCGGAAACGCUACCGGAUCGGUUGUUCGAGGAGUUGACCCAGCUGCGGGAGUUGCAGCUGAACCACAACUACCUCACGACACUGUCCCGGAACGCGUUCAUCGGUCUACCCAGCCUGAGGAAGCUGAAUCUGCGGGAAAACGAACUGACGACCAUCGAUCCGCUAGCAUUCAGCCCACUGGUCACACUGACCGAGCUCGAUUUGGAAGGCAACAAUUUGAAGCUGCUCUCUCCAAACACUUUCGCGCCGCUGGUGCACCUGCGGGAGCUGGUGUUGGCCGACAACUACAUCGAACGGCUCGAUGAUGCUCUGUUUGCGAGCAAUGGCAAUCUGGAGAUACUGAAGCUGAACAACAAUUCGCUCGAGGAGCUGCAACCGGCCGUGCUGCACAGUCUGCGCAACCUGGAGGACCUCGCGCUGCAGCAUAAUGAAAUUCGGGCACUCGAUAAACACCUGUUCCGGACCACGGCCAGCUUGAAGGUGCUCCAGCUGGAGGGUAAUGUGAUUGAGAAGCUUGCCCCCGGAACAUUCGAGGGACUGCGACGACUGGAGACGCUCGAUCUCGAAGAUAACAGUCUGUCAUCGAUCGAUGGUGGUAUCUUUGUUGGACUGUCCGCUUUAGAGAAGCUGUACAUCAGUGAGAACCAGAUCGCGGAACUGCGGGCGGGAGCAUUGCGUGGUGCCGAGCGUUUGAAGAAGCUCGAGCUGGAGCAGAACGUAGUGAGACGGAUCGAUGAACGGUUCCUGGACGAUACGACGCAGCUGCGGAGUUUGACACUGGAGGAGAACCUCAUUGAAGAGAUCCCGGAACGACUGUUUGCUAACCAGCGCAGCCUGAAGGAACUUUCGCUGGAGAACAACAACAUUAAGGAGCUACCGGAUGGAUUGUUCAGCGCGAUAUCGAGCUGUUUGGAGGAACUGUAUCUAGCGGACAACGAUCUGGAGGUGCUCACACCGGCGGUCCUUGAUUUACCUCGUUUGGAGCUGCUCGAUCUUUCGGACAACAAUUUCCGCGAUCUACCGGACAAUAUGUUUGCCAAGGUGAAGCAGCUGCACGAGCUGUACCUCGAUGGUAACAUGCUGGACGAGGUACCGGAUGCACUGCGAGCACUGACACGGCUGUCGACACUGUCGGUGACACGGAACCGAAUCCGUUCAAUCGAUCCCCAGAGCUGGAGUAUGAUGCAACGGUUGAAGGAACUGUUUCUGUCGGAGAAUCAGAUCGAAAGCCUGGCACCGCAGAGCUUCGAGCGACUUGAGUCACUCAAGGAGCUCGCCCUUGAUCGGAACCAUCUACAGACCAUACCGGCCAACAUGUUUGCUCGGAAUGGAAACAUCGAGAAGCUGAACCUCUCCAGCAACCAUCUGGUGGGUCCACUGGCGAACAGUUUCGCUGGCCUGUGGAAGCUCGAGGAGUUGCAUCUUUCCGAUAAUCCGAUUGCGUUGGUCGAGUCAAACAGUUUCCGCGAUUUGCGCAAGCUGGAAAAGCUUUCACUCGAGAACGCGAGCCUCGCGGAUCUGGGUGGCAGUCCAUUCUAUGGGCUGUCGACACUGGAGAAGCUGUACCUCGAUGGCAAUGGAAUACAGCGGCUCGAGGGAGCGUCACUGCGGGGUCUCGAGAUGCUGGAACGGCUCUUCAUCAAUCACAAUCCGGUGGCCCGGAUCGAUAGCAACACGUUCCGUCAGUUGGGUAACCUGCGUAGCAUCACCAUCGGUCCGGGUGCGAUCGAGUUUGGUGAAGAUUUGCUGCAAAACAAUCAACGGCUUCAGGAGCUCCAGCUGUUCGACUGUCUCACGGGUCCACUUCCACCCCGGUUUUUCCAUUUCAUCCGCAAGCUGCAAACACUGGCGAUCGCAAACAAUAAGCACCUGAAAAGUCUCAACAAACAGUGGUUUAAGGAUCUGUCCAAUUUGCAAACGCUGGUGCUGAGCGGCAAUGGGUUGGUGCAGUUCGAGAAAGGCAUCUUCGAUACGCUCGAUGGAUUGGAUGAGCUGUACCUGUCCGGGAAUCCGGUCGGUGAGCUAGAGCGGGACAUCUUUGCCAAGCUGCUCGGCCUGGAGGUGCUGGAUCUGUCCGAUAUGGCACUAACCAAGCUACCGAUGGGAAUGUUUGACAAUCUAUACGAUCUGGAGACGCUGGACCUGGGAGAGAAUCGAUUGGCCAAUGGGUUGACAAAUGGCGUCUUCCGGAAUCUGUACUCACUGAGGGUGCUACUGUUGGACAACAAUCGGUUGCAGUCGCUGGAUCCGGUGCUGUUCGAUGAUUUGAAGAACUUGCGCGAGAUCGAUCUGAGCGGUAACGAGCUGAGCAGCCUCGAUCCGCAGCUGUUCCACGAUUCGCUCGAUCUGGAGCUGCUGGAUCUUUCGGCGAACCAGUUCACCGUUUUCGAUCUGCAACAGACGGCGUACGCCAAAACGUUGGUAGAACUCGACAUGGACGAUAAUCAGCUGGUAACGCUCCGGAUUACGGAGGAUCUGGAAGAGUUGUACGUGGAGAACAACCAGCUCGCGACCAUCGACGUCGAUAACUCGCCUUCCUAUAAUCUACGCACGCUCUCGGUGGCGAACAACAACUUUACCGAGCUGGAUUCAUUGUUGCGGUUCAACAAUUUGGAAUCGCUCGAUGCGUCGUACAAUGAGCAGCUACAGGUGCUGCCGUUGGGUGCUGUGUCUGCUGCCAUGUCCGUGCUAGAGGUUCUAAAUGUAUCGCACUGUGCGAUCGAGGGUCUGGAUAGCACGAAUAUUGAAGUGCACGCAUUCCUGGAGCGGCUGGACGUGUCGUAUAACAUGCUAGCCGAGCUAGAUAUGGCCGUGUUUCAGCACUUUCCGGCCGUCGAAGGAUUUGUGUUUGGUGGUAACCCGUUCCAGCAGUUCUCGAUCGAGGAGGUGGUGCACAGCUUCAAGGAUCUCGAGUUGAUCGGACUCGAGGGUACCGAAUGGGAGCCCAGCUUCCUAGAUGAGCUGGAACGCUACAUUGCCGAUCGUGACUUGAAGUUCUGGCAGCAUGAGGAGGAAGACGCUCGUGCAUGCACGAUCGGUCGAGUUAGCGCACUUUUCUGUAAGUGAAAUCCUGCUUUGAAGGGGCAUUUGCUGUGCCAGAAUAACGAUCAUAUCCUUGAUCGUUACAUAGUUGUCGUUUCAAACUUUAAAAAGAGGUCGGCGUCAUUUUAAUAUACAUUGCAACCGAAAAGCAUAUAAAACAUAUUAAAGCAUCACUCUUUUUUGUAAGUUCUGCUGAUAGUCGAUGGUAAAAUAAAAAAACGGUUAUCUCCUGAGCAUGGAGUAGAUUUUGUCA